AUGUCCCAGCUUCCGGUGCCUGAACGGCGCGUCCUCUCAUUACACACAACUCUAGGCUCAGACCCAGUCGAACUCAAGUGUUCCACACUGUACUACCCCGUAUCCUGCGCUAAAGACGGUCUCACCCUCGUGUUCACCCAUGGAAUCGCUAGUCACAAGGAACAGUACGACCCUACUAUCGUUCGCCUGCUCUCACAUGCUCAAACUCGCGCUAUAAUCCGAGAUAUAUGGGUACUCGACUUCCCCAAUCAUGGUCAAACAGCACUUCUCAACCGUCCCGUGCUUGAUGCGCGCAAGGCAGCUGGGAAGGCGAUGUGCACAACGGCAGAUAUCGCACUCUACCUCCAAGCCUUCCUCUCCACUCCCUCGCUCAAAUCCAGCACAGUAGUAGGAGUCGCACAUUCAGGGAGUUGUACGCUCUGGGUAUUUGCGCUCACAUCCAUGCCCCCUUCUCUUACGCCCUUUGCUCUCAUAAUGGUCGAACCCACAUUGAUGUUUCCUUCUCUCACUCCCACCGACCCUCGUGCCAUCCACGGAGCCGCAAACGUCCGUGGCUGCCUGGCUAAACGCGACCGCUGGACGGAAAGAGAAGCGUUGAAGAGAUGGUUGGUAGGUGGGAAAGGUGUUUGGAGGAAGUGGGAUGAGAGGGUUUUGAGUGGUUAUGUGAAGUAUGGAUUUGAAGAGGUGAUUGAGUCGGAACUUGAUGCAGGGAAGAGGAAGAGUCACGUUACGCCUACAUUGAGGAAAGACGAGGAGAGCCCGUUGUAUGCUUGUUUGUCGCAUACGGUUGAGCCUGAGUCUCUUGGGCGGGCGUGUAGGGCGGUGGAGGAGGCUGGGAGGGGGGUUCAUGUUGUUUGGGCUGAGUUUGAGGAAUUUAUAUCUAAGACGGCGAGGAAAGAGAUCUUGGACGCUGCAGAGCACAGGGUGGUGUCUCAGCGCACUAUCAAGGGGGCAGGUCACUUGGUCCCUCAAGAGAAGCCCGAUGCACUCGGAGAGGCACUUGUCGAGAUCCUGGAUGAGAUCGUGCAUGGUUCGGGAGACACAAAGGCGAAGAUGUAG